AUGCAGUACACGCCCUUUGCCUCAGAUAUCGAGUUGCCGUUCUAUACGGCACUCGCGUCACACAAAAUCAACCAUGACAAGCUGAAUGACUCCCCCCCGCUCGAUCCCGCAAAUGUCUCGUGUCGUAUGCAAAUACACGGCAAUGCACUCACCAGUAACGAACUGGAAACGUUUCCCGUCCUUACUCACGCAUUCAUUAGGACACCCUCGGGUUUUUAUCGCGCUGAAGGCAUGAUCAAGAAUGUCAAUACCAUCGAAGAUUAUCGCAGCCUGGACAAGACGCAGAUGAUUGUCCAAGCAGGCAAGACAAUAUGGGAUGCCAUCAAGGACGGUACCAUUUACUCUUGUCCUUCUCUUUUGUCGUCUUUCAUUAUCGUGUCAUUUGCGGAUCUCAAGAAAUAUAAGUUUUACUACUGGUUCGGGUUCCCAGCCCUUCACUCCGAUCAGCCGUGGACUCUCGUGGAUUCAGACAGCUCUCAAGCCCAGCCCCUCUCGGUAAACGACACUGCGCCGCUUGUAGAUGCUGUGCAGGAGUGGAAAUCUAUCACCGAUGACCGACAGCAUGGGUUCUUUCUAGCUCGCAAGCAAAAGAGGGCGUCAAGACCGGAAGCUGGAAGCGUCUGGCAGGUAGCGGCUCUCUCUGAGUAUGAAAAUGGAUUCUUCACUGGCGCGGCUCUCAAGGAUCGUUACAUAUGUUUUGCGGAUCCCUCGAACUACGACCACGCUUCCGGUUGGAUGUUGCGAAAUCUUUUGGUGUUAGUCAAACAACGGUGGAGACUGGAUAACAUUCAAAUUCUUCGAUACCGCGAUACACCGUCCAAGCGAGAUCAAAGCCGCAGCACCGUGAUUCAAAUGACAACUACUUCAAAUACUAACUCGGGUCCAUUGUCACCACCGCAAAGCCCAGGAAAGAUGCCUAAAAUCACGGGCUGGGAGCGUAAUCCGGCGGGGAAACUAGCAGGGAGGAUUUCAGUCGACCUCAAUCUCAAACUCAUGAAAUGGCGGAUCAGCCCAACAUUGAAUCUUGAGAGAAUAAAAGGAACCAAAUGCCUUUUACUUGGAGCCGGUACCCUCGGAAGUUACGUGGCUAGAAAUCUGCUGGGCUGGGGAGUCAGAAAGAUCACGUUUGUGGACAAGGGCAAUGUUUCAUUCUCUAAUCCCGUUCGACAACCAUUAUUUACAUUUCAAGACUGUCUGAACGGCGGAGCGGCUAAGGCUACAAGAGCGUCCGAAGCGUUGACUGAGAUUUACCCAGGGGUCGACACCGCGGGGCAUCAACUAUCUGUUCCCAUGGCGGGUCAUCCCAUUGUAGAUGAGGAUGUGACUCGAGCGGAGUUUGAAGCUCUGCGAGCCCUCAUCGAAGAACAUGACGCGAUAUUUCUUCUCAUGGACACUCGAGAAUCUCGAUGGCUACCCACCGUUAUAGGCAAGUCCGCAGGCAAGAUUGUGAUGAACGCCGCGCUGGGAUUUGAUUCAUAUGUCGUAAUGCGUCAUGGUAUUGUAGAAGACGGCAAACCGGCAGAUCUUGGGUGCUACUUUUGUAACGACGUGGUAGCCCCAGCAAAUUCCAUCAAAGACCAGACUCUUGACCAACAGUGUACUGUCACUCGUCCAGGCGUUGCGGCAAUCGCUUCUGCGCUUCUUGUGGAAUUGCUUGUUUCGGUUCUACAGCAUCCAAGAGGCGCCGCAGCACCGGCCCCGUUGAAUCGAGAGGAUGACCGUGGAGACCACCCUCUCGGGCUAGUGCCGCACCAAAUUCGAGGCUUUCUUGCUACCUUUGAAAACAUCACGGUGACUGGCAAGAGCUACACCUGCUGCAGCGCUUGUUCAGAAACCGUGACAAAUGAGUAUAAGAAAGAGGGCUGGGGCUUCGUGCGACGAGCAUUGAAUGAACCAGGAUAUGUCGAAGAGCUGAGUGGACUCAAGGAGGUCCACAAGAAAGCCGAAGCGGCUUUAGCCAAUGUCGAUUGGGAAGAACCUUCCGAUGACGAGCACGAAGGAAUGGAAAUUCUGUAG